UAAACUGUCUCUUGUCUUUACUCAUCACUGGUUUGGAUUUAUGAUUUUAACCCCAAAUACAUUGCAAAAAGGAGUCUUUCAGAGAGUAGUUUGUUAAACAGUAUUUUGUAUAUUCGGGUACAUUAUUGCCUUGUCUUAGGGUUAUAUUUACUGGGCUAAACAUCUAAAUACGGCCAGUAGAGAGAGGAGAGUUUUGUCUGAGCUACGAACUGAAUUAUGGGUAGCGAUUGUGCCCCGUUGGGAAUGUGGUAAAUUAUAGUCCGACAUUUUGUGGAUCAUAAAGGUGAAAAUAGACGUCGAAAGUCCUCUUUGGACGGUCAUUUGAGCCAAAGGCACCAAUGGAUCGUUCAGAGAUGGAUACCUUAGAUGGAAAUGUGCAUGUAAAUGGUAGCAUGCACGGGAUGCACACACCCAAUUCUAUGGGUAUGAACAUGCAUGGUCCACCACCAGAUAUAAAACCUGAUAUAUCAACUCUCGGAUCUCCUACCAGUACUCAUCCUUACUUUAGUUACGGUCAUUUACAUGGAUUACCAACAUCAACACAGCAUUCUCCAGGUCCCCCACAGAUGCAUUCCCCUCCUCUUCAUUCUCCUACAUCUUCUAUGGGUACCCCUCCACUCAUGUCGUUGGGAUGUCCGUCACCAACAGGAAUGCAACCACACACAACUUUAUCCAACAAACAUAUUUGUGCGAUAUGUGGGGAUCGUGCUUCUGGUAAACAUUAUGGUGUUUAUAGUUGUGAGGGUUGUAAGGGUUUUUUCAAAAGAACUGUAAGAAAGGAGUUAACCUAUGCCUGCCGUGAUGAUAAAAACUGUUAUAUUGACAAACGUCAGAGAAAUCGUUGUCAGUAUUGCCGUUAUAUGAAAUGUUUAGCAAUGGGAAUGAAACGAGAAGCCGUGCUUCCCACAGCUGUCCAGGAAGAAAGGCAGAGAACUAAGGAAAAGGGUGAAGAGGUUGAGAGUACCAGUAGCGUUAAUAAUGACAUGCCCGUUGAACAAAUACUGGAGGCGGAACUAGCGGUUGAGCCAAAAAUAGAUACUUACAUCGACACUCAGAAAGAUCCAGUCACAAAUAUUUGUCAAGCAGCAGAUAAACAAUUGUUUACAUUGGUAGAAUGGGCCAAACGUAUACCGCAUUUCACCGAAUUACCUCUAGAAGACCAGGUGAUACAACUACGUGCAGGUUGGAAUGAAUUAUUAAUUGCUGGUUUCUCGCAUCGGUCUAUUGCUGUAAAAGAUGGAAUUUUAUUGGCUACUGGAUUACAUGUACACAGAAGUAGUGCCCAUCAAGCUGGGGUUGGAACUAUAUUUGAUAGAGUUCUAACAGAAUUAGUAGCCAAAAUGAGGGAAAUGAAAAUGGAUAAGACAGAGUUAGGAUGUCUUAGGGCCAUAGUUCUUUUUAACCCUGAUGCCAAGGGUUUAACAGCAGUACAAGAAGUAGAACAGCUAAGAGAAAAAGUGUAUGCGUCAUUGGAAGAAUAUUGUAAAACGCGAUAUCCGGAUGAACCGGGUCGAUUUGCUAAAUUACUACUCCGUUUACCAGCUCUAAGGAGCAUAGGACUCAAAUGUCUUGAACAUUUAUUUUUCUUCAAACUUAUUGGAGAUACCCCUAUUGAUACCUUUCUUAUGGAGAUGUUAGAAAACCCAAGCCCACAGACGUAGCUGUUGUGAAUAUUCAUAAAGAAAAAAGCCUGUCAGUGCCACAAGUUGAAAGUAAAAAAAGAAUUACAACUCUAAAUGUUUUAUUGUUAGCUAAAAUUUUUAUAAAUCACGCACAUAUUAAAUGUAUUAUAUAUUAGUUAUGAAAUCUAUAAAAUAUCUCGAGAUUGAAAAAAUUAUUUUUAGAUAUUAAAAUAUUAUGUAAAAAGAAUUCAGUAAAAAUGUAUGUUAAAUCUGCUUUUAAUGCUUUAAAUUUAAACAGUUUUUGUGUUAAUUUGAGAAAACAAUGUGCUGUUUGGUCAUUAUUUUGUUGAACAUAACAUUGUGAUAGUGUAAUUUAACAAAAUAUGUUAACAAAUUACAAAGUUUAUGAUAUUAUUUUGCAUUAUUAUGUUCCUCUUGAUUUGUGAGAAAAAAAGAAAAAUAUCAUUCAACAAAGAAAAUUAAAUAAUUAAUAAUUGUUAGAAUAUUCCUUAAAAGUGCAAAUUAUGACACUAAGGAAAAUGUAAGAGGUGAAAUCCAGUAUUUGGCCUUGUACAUUUUUUUCUUUGCUAAAAAAGAAAAAGGGCACAACUUUUUUGCACAAUGGUAAUCAAAGGACUGGCUUAUUAUAGAAAUGAUCUGCCAUGCCUUGAUUUUUAUUUAGUCCCCAAAUAUGUUAACACGUCUAGGGAAAGUAGGGUACAGUCUAUUCAAAAGAAUUAAACAAAUUGAAAUGUUUUUUUCUCCUUACAAAUGGCAUAAAAUUGUUGAUUGAUUCAAAAUAUGGCAAAACUUGUAUCCUUAAAAUACAGUCUUGUGUUAAUUAUUUUAUAAUUUUAAUUAUUGUUUUGAUUCAGAAUUUUACUAUCUUUGUUAGUAGUGAUAUAUUAGAGAUUGUAUAUUAUUUGUAAUAUGUAAUAGUUCCCUAAAGAAUCUUGUAAACUAAAAUAAUUUCAAAAUGGCCAAUUGAUGGUAAUGUAAUUCUUAAUCAAGUUUGGAUGAAAGCAAUGCUAACACAAAUCAGGUGUUAACUUCUAUUAAAUUAUGCAUAAAAAGACAUUAAAUUGGCUCUAUAUCUGAAUUCACCAUGUUUUGGAUUUGGAAUGUGUUAUUCUUUAUUCACACUGCAUUUUAACUACAAGUUAAAUCUAGCUUUAUGUACAUGUAUUAUUUUGUGUCCUAACUCAGCAACUGACAAAAUGAAAUUUUUAAAUUUCGUUAUUGAUUGAUAGUGUUUUAUAUUUUAAAUUAGAUUGUUUUUAUUGUUUAUGUUAUAUUAACAUUAAAAUCAUAAAAUUCAUCAGAAACUCAUAAAAAUGGAGGAAAAUAAAUUUACACAAAAAUAACUUUGUCUUAAAAUAUUUUGCCUCUUGAUUACUACAAAACAUAUUUAUGUGUAGUUGAACUAUUAAUUAAAACUUUGAGAGAUAUAAAACAUGACUUGAAAUCCUAAAUAGCAGAAAGAUGCCCAAAUUGCUGUUAUUUUAUUGAAAGUUGAUUGCUUUUAAGCAUAAUUUUCAUCUUGAAUGUGUGUAGAGUACCGAGAGAAAGAAUGUCUCUGAAUGUAUUAUUAUUAUUUUUUUUUUUUUUAAAGCAGUUCUGUUAAUAAUUUUUGAAACCUUUGUAUGGUCAGUCAAAUCUAUGUUGAAUUUUAUUUGUAUUAAAAUGAAAAUAAGUAAUACAUUUUUAUAUUGAAAUUUUUAAAAAAAAAAGGCAUUUUACAAAAUUACAUGUAAUACCAGUUUGAUCAACAAAAAGUUGUCUUACUUUUGUCUAUUUUGUUAGCUAUUAACAUUUCAGUUGCAAUAGAUAUGUUAACAAAAUCCUUUUUUCUCAAUUUCAUGUACUUUUAACAAAAAGAUUCCAAAAUAUUUAAUUAAGAUUAAUGUCUCUGUAUGUCAUUUGCAUUUUCGGAAAAAUAUCAAAACUUUCCACAGCUUAAUCCGCCCAAAUAUGUACUCAUAUUGAUUAUUGACAUUUAAUUAAGAAAACAAUAUCAAACUGUCAAUGGUAGAUUAUCUCCUGUCUUGGAUACAAGAGUAUUAAAAAAACAGGCGUAUCAAAUGAUUUCCACAAAAGUGGCACUGGCUUGCCGAAUUUUGUCAAAUUUCCAAAUCAUGUCUUCGUCAAUACUGAACGGAAUUGAAUCAUUUUUUGUUUGAUUGUUUUUAGAAAUUCAACUUUCAUGAUAUUAUAGUUUGCACGGAAUUAAUGAUCCCUCAAAUGAUGAUCAGAGACUUUUAAAAAAAAUAAAAUUGUUUAAAAAUACUCAUUUCUAUAUUUCAAUGAAAUUAUUUCAACACCAGCAAAGAUCAUGAUAAUUAUUUCAAAUGCUCUAAUGUUUGUUUUGUAAUCAAGAGAAAAACCCUAAUGGAAAGAUUAAGAUAUUCAGAUUAUUGUAGAUUAUAUGAACAGCACAUUUAGAAAUGUAAUCUUAUAUAUACUUAUUCACAUGACAAUGUAAAUAAUCAUUACUUUAUAUAUAUACAUACCUUUUGUAUAUCCUACUAUACUUCUAUUAUUAUUAUUAGUUAUGUAUAUAUUUGUUAGCUUCUAGUUGUCUUGACAACAGGUUUAUUAUUAUGAAUAUAUUAUAAUUAUUUUUAACCAGCAUGAUGUUUACUACAAGAGAUCAUAAUACAAUUCUAUGGUUGUUGAGAGUUAGCCCUCUUGAUAUUGCAAUAGAUUCUUUUCUCUUGGUUAUUCCCCAUUAUAUAUAUAUUUUUUUUUUUUUGGAAACUAGACUCCUGCACAAAGGGCAAUGAGUAAAUACGUCACUACGCUUUAUAUAGAGUUUAUGAGCUGUACAUGUGUACUUUGUUUUAUGUGUAGGUCAACUUUAUAUUUUUGUUACAUUUUUAGAUAAAAGUCAGAAGUAUAACACUGGAAAUAAUAAUAUUCCAACGAACACAGUUUUAGAAAAUUAUUCAUGAAAAUGUACACAUUUUUUGAGUAAGAAUUAAAUUAUGUUCAAUAGAAUAAGGUCAUUUCUAUUUUUGCAGUCCUAAAUUUAAAAAAAAAUAUGCGAAAAAGACAAUGCAUAUUUCUAUUCUAAAUGUAUGUCCACUACAAUUUACUUACAAUAACAAUGUCAGUACACUACAUUUCAAGUUAGUCUACUACAUUUCAAGUUCUCUUUUGGAUACCGGUAUUUUUUUUCUUAUUUACUGUUGAAUGUUGAAAUGGAUUUAGAUUUGCUUGAAAUGGAAUCAUAAUCAAUUUGAUUUAUUAUUUUUUUAUCACUUAUUGUAAAAUUUACCCCACAUUUUAAAACCUAUAACUUUAUCUAUUUGUGAGGGAUUCUCUAUAUAUAAGAUGUGGUGCUUUGUAAAACACUAUGAAGUAAGCUUGUAAUUUUUUGCCAUAGGCAUGGUGAUUUAAUUUUGUAUAGAUUUUUUUUUUCUUGCUGUGUAUCUGUUGAAUCACAUCGUAACCAUAGUUUAUCAUAUUUCUGUUGGUGUAAAUUGUCAAAUGUACACAUUGCCAUGGACAUCAACAAUAAAACUAUCAAUAACAUAAAAAUA